UGGUUACAAACUCUCCCUGUCUGGUGCUGCAACAAUGAGUGGGAAAUCCCUUCUCUUAAAGGUCAUUCUCUUGGGUGAUGGUGGAGUUGGGAAAAGUUCACUUAUGAACCGUUAUGUAACCAAUAAGUUCGAUUCUCAGGCUUUUCACACCAUAGGGGUAGAGUUCUUGAAUCGAGAUCUGGAGGUAGAUGGACGCUUUGUAACUCUCCAGAUCUGGGACACUGCAGGACAGGAGCGUUUCAAGAGCCUCAGGACACCCUUCUAUAGGGGGGCAGACUGCUGCCUCUUGACCUUCAGUGUGGAUGACCGCCAGAGCUUCGAGAACCUUGGUAACUGGCAGAAGGAAUUCAUCUACUAUGCAGAUGUGAAGGACCCUGAACACUUCCCCUUUGUAGUUUUGGGUAACAAGGUAGACAAAGAGGAUAGGCAAGUGACUACUGAGGAGGCACAAGCCUGGUGCAUGGAAAAUGGGGAUUAUCCUUAUCUAGAAACAAGUGCCAAAGAUGAUACUAAUGUGACCGUGGCCUUUGAAGAAGCUGUCAGGCAGGUGUUGGCUGUAGAAGAACAGCUGGAGCAUUGCAUGUUAGGUCACACCGUUGACUUGAACAGUGGUUCCAAAGCAGGUUCUUCAUGCUGUUAAAAGUUAGGGAACCUUUAAAAAAAGUCUCUAAUUGGUCUGUCAGUAGUGUAAGAAUUGCUGU